CUCCCCCUCUCUCUCUUCUCCUUCUCCCCUGUCCCCCCCCCGCCCCCUCCCCCCCAGGCCUGAUGAGCAGGUCUCGAGCCUCCAUCCAUCGGGGGAGCAUCCCCGCGAUGUCCUAUGCCCCCUUCAGAGAUGUACGGGGACCCCCUAUGCACCGAACCCAGUACGUUCAUUCUCCAUAUGAACGUCCUGGCUGGAACCCCCGAUUCUGUAUCAUCUCGGGGAACCAACUGCUCAUGCUGGACGAGGAGGAGAUACACCCCCUUCUGAUCCGGGACCGGAGGAGUGAGUCCAGUCGAAACAAACUACUGAGACGAACAGUCUCUGUGCCUGUGGAGGGCCGGCCCCAUGGCGAACAUGAAUACCACCUGGGCCGCUCCAGGAGGAAGAGUGUCCCUGGAGGGAAGCAAUACAGCAUGGAGGCCGCCCCCGCGGCCCCUUUCCGGCCCUCGCAAGGCUUCCUGAGCCGGAGGCUGAAAAGCUCCAUCAAACGCACAAAGUCGCAGCCCAAACUUGACCGGACUAGCAGCUUCCGACAGAUCCUGCCUCGGUUCCGCAGCGCUGACCAUGACCGGGCCCGGUUGAUGCAGAGCUUUAAGGAGUCCCACUCCCAUGAGUCCUUGCUAAGUCCUAGCAGUGCAGCUGAAGCCUUGGAGCUCAACCUGGAUGAAGACUCUAUCAUCAAGCCCGUGCACAGCUCUAUCCUGGGCCAAGAGUUCUGCUUUGAGGUGACAACAUCAUCAGGGACUAAAUGUUUUGCCUGUCGCUCUGCAGCUGAGAGGGACAAAUGGAUCGAGAAUCUGCAGAGGGCAGUGAAACCCAACAAGGACAACAGCCGGCGUGUGGACAACGUGUUGAAGUUAUGGAUCAUAGAGGCCCGAGAACUGCCCCCCAAGAAGCGGUACUAUUGUGAACUGUGCCUGGAUGACAUGCUCUAUGCUCGAACCACCUCCAAGCCUCGGGCAGCUGCUGGUGAUACAGUCUUCUGGGGUGAACACUUUGAGUUCAACAACCUGCCAGCUGUGCGCUCACUUCGGCUACACCUCUACCGUGACUCGGACAAAAAGCGCAAGAAGGACAAAGCAGGCUAUGUGGGCCUGGUGUCCGUGCCUGUGGCCAGCUUGGCUGGCCGACAUUUCACUGAGCAAUGGUUUCCUGUCAGCCAGCCAGCAGGCAGUGGUGGCUCUGGGGGUGCUGGAGGCUCUGGAGGGGGAGGGGGUUCAGGAGGUGGCUCAGGGGGCAAAGGCAAAGGAGGAUGCCCUGCUGUUCGGCUGAAAGCACGCUAUCAGACGAUGAGCAUCCUACCCAUGGAGCUGUAUAAGGAAUUUGCUGAGUAUGUCACCAAUCACUAUCGAAUGCUGUGUGCUGUACUAGAGCCUGCACUGGGCGUUAAGGGCAAAGAAGAGGUGGCCUGUGCCCUAGUGCACAUUCUGCAGAGUACAGGCAAGGCCAAGGAUUUCCUUUCUGACAUGGCCAUGACAGAGGUAGACCGGUUCUUGGAGCGCGAGCACCUCAUAUUCCGCGAGAACACACUCGCUACUAAAGCCAUAGAAGAGUAUCUGAGACUGAUUGGGCAGAAAUACCUCAAGGAUGCCAUUGGGGAGUUCAUCCGAGCUCUGUAUGAGUCUGAGGAGAACUGUGAGGUUGACCCCAUUAAGUGCACAGCAUCCAGUCUGGCUGAGCAUCAGGCCAACCUUCGGAUGUGCUGUGAGUUGGCCCUCUGCAAGGUGGUCAACUCCCACUGUGUGUUCCCGAGGGAGCUGAAGGAAGUCUUUGCAUCAUGGCGACUUCGAUGUGCAGAGCGGGGCCGAGAGGAUAUUGCUGACAGGCUGAUCAGCGCCUCGCUUUUCCUACGCUUCCUGUGCCCAGCAGUCAUGUCCCCCAGCCUCUUUGGCCUUAUGCAGGAGUAUCCUGAUGAGCAGACAUCACGUACCCUUACCCUCAUCGCCAAGGUCAUACAAAACCUGGCCAACUUUACCAAGUUUGGCUCAAAGGAGGAGUAUCUGGCAUUUAUGAAUGAAUUUCUGGAGCUAGAGUGGGGAUCCAUGCAACAGUUCCUAUAUGAGAUUUCCAACCUGGACACACUCACCAACAGCAGCAGCUUUGAGGGAUACAUUGACCUGGGUCGUGAGCUUUCCACACUGCAUGCCUUGCUCUGGGAAGUGUUGCCACAGUUGAGCAAGGAGGCACUCUUGAAGCUGGGCCCACUGCCACGCCUUUUGAAUGAUAUAAGCUUAGCACUGAGAAAUCCUCAUAUCCAAAGGCAACCCAGUCGUCAAGGGGAGCGAUUACAGGCCAAGCCUAUGGUACUUCGUGGGCCAUCUGCUGAGCUACAGGGCUACAUGAUGCGGGACCUCAAUAGCUCCAUCGACCUUCAGUCCUUCAUGGUUCGAGGCCUCAACAGCUCCAUGGACAUGGCCCGCCUUCCCUCCCCAACCAAGGAGAAACCCCCACCACCACCCCCUGGAGGGGGUAAGGACCUGUUUUUUGUGAGCCGUCCACCCUUGGCCCGCUCAUCCCCAGCCUACUGCACAAGUAGCUCAGACAUCACUGAGCCAGAACAGAAGAUGCUAAGUGUCAACAAAAGUGUAUCCAUGCUGGACCUACAGGGUGAUGGACCAGGUGGUCGCCUCAAUAGCAGCAGUGUUUCCAACUUGGCUGCUGUUGGAGACCUUCUGCAUUCCAGCCAGGCUUCCCUCACUGCUGCCCUUGGGCUCCGGCCUGCACCUGCUGGGCGCCUCUCACAGGGCAGUGGCUCCUCCAUUACAGCUGCUGGCCUUCGACUGAGCCAGAUGGGUGUCACCACCGAUGGUGUCCCUGCUCAGCAGUUGCGCAUCCCACUGUCCUUCCAGAACCCACUCUUCCAUAUGGCAGCUGAUGGUCCUGGCCCUCCAGGGGGUCAUGGAGGAGGGGGUGGCCAUGGUCCACCCUCCUCUCAUCACCACCACCACCAUCAUCACCAGCACCACCACCGAGGUGGGGAGCCCCCUGGGGACACCUUUGCUCCUUUCCAUGGCUACAGCAAGAGUGAGGAUCUGUCUUCUGGGGCUCCCAAGCCACCUGCCGCCUCCAUCCUGCAUAGCCACAGCUACAGUGAUGAGUUUGGUCCUUCAGGCACUGAUUUCACUCGACGGCAGCUCUCACUCCAGGACAACCUCCAGCACAUGUUGUCCCCACCCCAGAUCACCAUAGGCCCUCAGAGGCCAGCCCCUCCAGGUCCUGGAGGAGGGGGUUCUGGAGGAGGAGGAGGAGGAGGAGGAGGAGGAGGACAACAGCCCCCACUGCAGAGGGGCAAAUCCCAGCAGUUGACAGUCAGCGCUGCCCAGAAACCCCGACCAUCUAGUGGAAACUUAUUGCAGUCACCAGAGCCCAGUUAUGGUCCUGCCCGUCCCCGGCAACAGAGCCUCAGCAAGGAGGGAGGAGGAGGAGGGGGCAGUGGGGGCAGCAGCGGUGGAGGAGGGGGUGGGGGGCUUAAGCCCUCCAUCACUAAACAGCACUCUCAGACACCAUCCACACUGAACCCCACGAUGCCAGCCUCAGAACGGACAGUUGCUUGGGUCUCCAACAUGCCUCACCUGUCAGCUGACAUUGAGAGUGCCCACAUUGAGCGAGAAGAAUACAAGCUAAAGGAGUACUCCAAGUCUAUGGAUGAAAGCCGGCUGGAUAGGGUGAAGGAGUACGAGGAGGAGAUCCAUUCGCUGAAGGAGCGACUGCACAUGUCCAACCGGAAACUGGAGGAGUAUGAACGGAGGUUGCUGUCCCAGGAGGAACAGACUAGCAAGAUUCUGCUGCAGUAUCAGGCGAGGCUGGAGCAGAGUGAGAAGAGGUUGAGGCAGCAGCAGGUGGAGAAAGACUCGCAGAUCAAGAGCAUCAUUGGCAGCCCGUCCCUUCAGGCUGAUGCUGGUGGAGGAGGAGCUGCGCCGGGACCACCCCGCCAUGGCUGAACCGCUGCCUGAGCCCAAGAAGAGGCUGCUCGACGCUCAGCUCCUCAUCAGGUAAUUCUCCUGGUUCCGCUUUGGCUACUGGCGGAGGACACAGGGGGAGGUGACUCCGGACCACAGCAGGUUGGUCAUGAAGCCCACUUCCCUCAACUUCCACAGAGACCCCUCCCACUCAGAUAGUAGUAAAUACAAUUACCUGCCCUUCACACAGAGGAUGCCUUCUCUCCAGAUUCAUUCACAUCCACAGAAUUUACCCCGCUGUGAUACUCAUCCCUCCUGAGAUACUACAGAGAAUGCCCUUCAGAUUCCUCAUUGAUAUAUCCAGACAUCACUUCCCCAGAGAUAAUUCUCUAAUAGCAUUCACAGAAAUACCACAUCCCACAGACACUUGCUUGACUUAUUCAGUAAUCUUCCCCUUCCUCCCCCCACCCCAUAUACAACCAGCCUACCCUGGAGAGAAUUCCCCUCUCCUUACACAAGGGUAGCCCUUCCCUCACUACCUUAUCCCUGAAUGUAAUCCUUUUUCCUCUCUUACCUCCCCCAUUGACAUCUGUCACCCCCCAUUUCACCAGUGCAAAUACUGAGCUUGGGAAGUUAGGGGAGGGGAGAAUGUUAUAGGGGUUAGGGCUGAUGGGUUAGCGGAUCCUUUGUCAUAGGGACCAUGUCGAUUGCAGCAGGUAGGUGUGUAUGGGGGGGGGCAUUUUCUCUCUUUAUAUUUUCUAUAUGUCUCUUCCCAAAUCCUUUUCUCUCUCUCCCUCACUUCUUCCUUCCCUCUCCCUCCCCUGUUUUUCCUUCUCCCUUCCUUUCUUAAAUGUGAGGGGUGGAAGGCAUCUGAGAUUUAUGACUCCAUUUCUCAGUAGAAGUGGAGCGUUAGAGUAGGAGUUGUCUUUCCAGCUCUAAAUCUAUGAUUCUAUGAAAAUAAAUGGGAUCUUGUCCUGUUAACUUCUGGCCUCAUGAUAAUUAUUGAUAUUUUAUUUUAAUUUUUUAAUUGAUCUGCUGUAGAUAGUGAGGUUCUUGUAUUGUUAUUUUAACUUUAUUUGCCAGAUCCCCUUUUGCCUAAAGUAAUCACUAAGUGAUAAACAAAUGCAAGAAUACGAAAUAGGACCUUACUACUUACAGGAACCUUUUGGUGGCUUAUAAAAUGAAUAAUCAAAUCAUAACCUAAUUUAUCUGCUUUCCAAAUCUGGGGGUAUGGGAGUGUGUAAGGGGCAUGCCUCCAGGCUGUUUCUUGCUGAAUCUCCAGAGGAAAUAUGGGAUUUGAAAUUCCCUUCCUCCCCGUCCCACCCCCUACACACUCAGGAUUCCCUAAAAUACUUUAUUAUCUCUUCUCUUCUGACAACUCUCCAAGAAAAUGUAUGUUAGACACAUAGCAGGUUGAGAAAGAGGGCAGCUCAGUUUAGGCUGAGGGAUUGGUGCCCUUGUAAGAGAUGCACUAUUUGUUCCUAGAGUAGAGGAAGGGGAACUGGUCUCUGGGUAGAAAGAAUGGUAAAUUAUAACUUCACUUCAGUUUUAUGAUUCCUCAGGGAGUAGUCAGAUAAACUUCACAUUUCAAAUCUUACUCUCCAAAGCCAACCAGAAAUAAUUUAGUCUGGAUCACACUGUUUGGAUUAUCUGGGGUUGUUUCCCUGCUAUUAAAGUGAAUCAUUUUGUGCUUGCAUUAGGAAAAAAACAAGGGGGGGGGGCAGGGAACAUGAGAAAGAAUCUUAGAGAAAGAAUGCUUAGAAAUAGAAGCAGAGGGAUAAGAACAAGAUUGGGAGUUAGGUGUCCCUCUUUGACUAUGAGAGUGUGGAGAAGUUAGAGAGCAGACCCAAAGCCAGGAAGACCUGAGUUCAAGUCCUGCCUCUGACACCUGUGAUGAUUAAAAUCUAAUGUGUGUGUCCUUACCUGCCCCCCCCCCCAGUGUAGGGGGAGGGAACUAGCUAGGAAUUACUUAUAAAUUAGGAGCUUCAGCAACAGUUUAGGCUUUUAAGCAUUUAUAAAUAAUCAUCACACACCCAACUGACUCUUUGACCCUGGGCAAGUCACUUUACCUCUUAAUGAGCUAAGGAGAGGUUCUUCACCCAGAAGUUCCCUAUACCAGUGAAAUCACAUGUAUAGCCAGCCUCUAUUCCUCUUUGAUUUUAAGGUUCAGCAGAGUAACUUAAAACUGAAAGUUUAAAAAAAAAAACACACCUUAAAACUGAAGGAAAGAUGGGCUUGAAAAAAAGGUGAGGCCUAUUCAGAUUUCUGGAACUAGAGAGAUUAGAGGUGAAAGAGUUAGUGCCCUGGCCCAUAGUCAUUUCUGAUGCAAGGAUGAGGGGGUGACAGCCACUCUUUUCUGUUAUUUUAAUAACAUCUCCUCUCAAUAGGACUGUAUUUCUUAAAUUCUCUCUUCACACAGGCGACCCUCCCUAAUUUGGAAUAUAUUAUAAUUGAGGGAAGGCUGGUCUUAAAUAAAAGACAUCUGAGUGAUAGAGUAUUUAAAAGAAAUGGAGUUAUUAUUUUAAAAUACAUACAAUAACUAGAACUAAGCUAACAGUGUUUCCUAAUUGAGGCCCUUAGGAAACCUGAUUUAAUGAAAUCACAGGAAAGAAAAGUUUGUUCUUUUGUAUAGGUUAAAUAUCUCCCCUGCGGUCACAUUUCUACCAUUAAUUUGCUCAGCACACCCUUUCUUUGUGGAUAAAAGUAAACUUCAGUCCACUUUUUGUUCCUAUUAUCACAAAUUCUAAAUCAGUGGGGGUCCAGAUUAACGAGAUUUUUUUGUCUAGCCCCCCAAUACUGCUCCUGUUCUCUAGCCACAAAGUUCCUGGCAUAGUUCAGAGUAUAUUCAGGCAAAGAUAUAAGGAGUAUUCAGGUGAGGAUAAGAGGAGGUUAGGUUAGUUGUGGAGGAGGUAGGAUUAGAAAAUAGCUAGCAUUUUUAUAGUACUUUAAGGCUUGCAAAGGGCUUUACAAAUAUUA